AUGGCUGUCGGAAAGAACAAGCGUCUAUCGAAAGGUAAGAAAGGCCUGAAAAAACGGACUCAGGACCCUUUUUCGAGGAAAGAUGAAUAUUCCGUGAAGGCUCCCUCGACCUUCGCCGUCAGAGAUGUGGGAAAGACAUUGGUUAACCGAACUACGGGCCUCAAGAACGCCAAUGACUCCUUGAAGGGACGGAUCUUUGAGGUUUCGCUCGCCGACCUGCAGAACGAUGAGGACCACGCAUUCCGUAAGGUCAAGCUACGGGUUGACGAGGUCCAGGGAAAGAACUGCCUGACCAACUUCCACGGCCUCGAUUUCACGUCCGACAAGCUUCGAUCGCUGGUCCGCAAAUGGCAAACUCUGAUUGAGGCUAACGUCACCGUUAAGACCACCGACGACUACCUCCUCCGCUUAUUUGCCAUUGCGUUUACAAAGAGACGACCAAACCAGAUCAAGAAGACUACUUACGCCCGCUCCUCUCAGAUCCGUGCCAUCCGCAAAAAGAUCACUGAGAUCAUCCAACGCGAGGCUUCGUCCCGUACCCUCGCCCAACUCACAAAGCUCAUUCCUGAGGUCAUUGGACGGGAAAUCGAGAAGUCUACCCACGGCAUCUAUCCUCUGCAAAAUGUCCAUAUCCGCAAGGUCAAGCUCCUGAAAUCGCCUAAAUUCGAUUUGGGUGCUCUUCUUGCUUUGCACGGAGAGUCAAGCACUGAUGACAAGGGGCAGAAGGUCGAGAGGGAGUUCAAGGAGCAGGUUCUCGAGUCCGUUUAA